UCUCCUGAAGACGGUUGAAGCAAGUCAAACGAAACGUUGAGAUAUUCUCAACCAACAACAAGUUCUUUUCAGAACUAUCUACGUGGUGUACCGCAAGCAUUAAUUAUAUAUUAUACUUCGCCAUGCAAACCUUCAAACAAUAUUUUGAUUCAUUAUUCUUGUUUAGUCAGGCAUAUACUUUACACAAUUACUAUACAAUACAGCUCGAUUCAACAAAUACAAGGUAAGUAGCAUACAGUAUGUCAAAACACAGACAACCUAGAAUAUGCCAAGGAAAACGCUUACACAACAGAUACAGAGAUACAGGACACCUUGGCAUAGAUUAAGGACAAACUCAAAGAAAUGAAUGAGUACAAAAAUAAUCAACAUGUUAAAACAGUAGCUGCAUACUGACAACAUGGCAUCAUGCAAAAAAGAUGACGAAAAAAAUCUUGGAGGUCUUAAGUUGGAUGUGUCCAAAUGGUUUGACAGACGAUGCAGUCUCAGCAUGUUAAAAGUGUUGUACAGAGACCAUGUAAAAGAUACUUAUGCAUUACAUAUGUGUUCUAAAACGAUGGACAUCAUUGAGUUACUGAUUGGUGCUGGACAUCUGACUCCACACAAUCUCACUCUCCUCUAUGAAACUAUUAAGGUAACACAACAAUUUGGUCUGGAAGAGUUAAUUAAAGAUCGACAUCCAUCAUUUACGAUAUCAAAAGAUAUUAAGAAUAUUGUAAUCACAAAAUUCACACUUCAUCGACAAAGACUUGUAAAUCUGGGAAUGGCACUGAGUCCAGAUGAAAUAAAACAGAUUGGUGGAUUGUAUAAUGUUGCAGAGAAACACGCAACUAACAGCUGGACUUUGAUAAUGAAUCUAGAGCAGAGAAUGGUAAUUUGUGAAGGAGAGAUGGAAGUCUUCAUUAAAAACCUGAAGAGAUAUAAACUCCCAAGGGCAAAAAAAGCUCUAACAGAAGAAUAUCAACCAUUAUCUACCUUUGCAGAUAAUACAAUAUUGGUUAAUGAACCAAAGAGCACAGCAACAUCUUCGGAUUCUGUUAAGAUGUCUCCCAGUGAUUGGACAAAAUGUGUUUGCGGAAAUGAAAGACGGGUAAAAUACUAUUGCCAAAAUUGUAAUCAUUACCUAUGCUCUACAUGUCAUGAAUGUCACAAAAUAUUUCCAAUGUCAGCAAAUCACAAGCUAUAUUUAGCAGAGGAUGUGCGAUCAACGAAGCCUUUACAGAUUGCUUCACUGCAACGUGAUCCUGAGAAUGUUACAAAAUUGAAGGCAGAAGAAGUUCAUAAACUAGAUGUGAGUGCUCAUGGCAAACCAGUGGAGCAGUCACCAAUGAAAAUCAAAGUGGAAAAAGAUGUGCGAUCAACGAAGCCUUUACAGAUUGCCUCACUGCCACAAGGUGAUCCUGAGAUAGUUACAAAAUUGAGGGCAAAAGAAGUUCAUAAACUAGAU